CUGGAAGGCCUCGUACCAAAUGUUUCUGACAUCCUACUCAGUAUGUCUAGUACCAACACGCUAACUUCAGAUAAAGUUGAGUCAGGCAAGGACGUGGGCCAGGCACUAUUUGUCUGUGAGAAGAACCUGAACGAUGCCCCACACUGGAGGCUCCAGGAAGAGCUGCUGGCAGGGUUCAGUGUUGUACCCAAGGUCUUUCACCCGGAGUUUGUCUACCUCUACUUUGUGCCUCUCCUGCUGACCAGGGCCGUGAGCGGGAGAAUUCUACCUUGUCGGGUUGCAGCCUUGAACACGCUUCUGGUCAUCAUUGCUGAUCCAUCCCAAGCGAAACAGAAGUUGAAAAUUCGCAACAAAGUAUUAGAGCUGUGUAACAACUCCAGCUUCCAUUGCCGGCAGCUGUUUCUGCGAGGAAUGUCCUCGCUCGUCACAGUCUCACCGGAGAUGCUCAAGGAGUUGUUCUUCCACAACAUUACCUCCAUGGCAGAAGAUAAGGUGCCCAACAUUCGGUUGAUGCUCUGCAAGCUGUUGCCAAAAUUGAAAACAAUAGCUAUGGAUCCAGUAGAUCGCAAGCUGCUGGCUAGCAUAGAUGCUGCCACUACCUCAAUGAGUGGAGAGACCGACCGUGACGUGCAGAUGCAGCUCAAGAUCGCACUGAAUCUCAUGGAUGAGGGUGACAAGGUGAAGGUUUUGGGCAGUAAACGGCUAGAGCCAGAUGGUGAAAGCAGUUCAAUGCAACGGAAAAGCAAUACAAUGGGCUUUUCCAAUACUAUAUCACCUUUGACAGAUAUGAGAAGUUUUACUAGUGAAUCAUCGGCAAGAAGUAUAUCAUCCCAGUACAGCGUGGCCAGCCAACAACAAGCAGCUUCUUCCAGACCAAAACCUUAUACUGGUAACCAGGCUAUUCGAGUCCAGAGCACGCCGGCAGCGACAACAGGUUCUCCCAGGUAUCCGGUGUCCCCCCGCACCACACAACAGAAGUCCGGGGUCAAAGCACCAGGUGAAAAAAGAAAGCCAUCAUUACAAAGAUUGGCAAUGGAUGACCCUGAUGAGUUUCUAGUGGAUGCAGGGAUACCCCUUAAUACUGCGACGGAAGUAGUCAAGAGAAUACCAACCCCCAGACCAGUCCAUCGUCCCCUGCUGCUGUUAGACUCGGAGGAAUCUAACUCAGAGCACAAGACCGGUACAAGGACUCUACCAGUAUUAACAACGUCCAGACCGACACUCAUCAACAAAAAUAUCAACUUCAAUUACCGUCCUAGCAACUUACCUGUGAAGAAAGCAAAUUUCAAGCCUUUGACCAAUGAAGAAAUCGAGAAAGAGCUUUUACUGCCGGAUAAAGAAAUCGUGUCGGACUCUAUCCAUCCAUACUCCCCCAGAACAUCUGACCGGCUGAAGUAUCCCGGUCGGACAACGAGGACGUCCAAGAAGGAGAACAAGAGGUACAGCCUGGAUGUGGGGGUCAUCUCUAACACUUACACCAGAAUCGAGACUAGGUCUGGAAAUGUGAAUAAACGCUACAGUUUGAACGUCGAUGCGAAAAAGGAUGUUGGAAAUAAGAAGAGUAUGUCUUGCAUCAACAACAAUACCGUAAUGAGUCCCAAAUUGGGUUCGACAAGGUCAGGAAUAGUUCGACCGCAGUCGUGUGUCUUGGAGACAGAGAAGGUGAACCACUCCAAGAGGUCAAUGUCAGUGGAGAAUCUGCCACCGAAAGUGACAAGGUUGGCCAGCAGACUCCCAGUAAGGGCAACUGAUCCAAAGCCAUCAAAACCAAAAUGAAGCAACUCCCAAAAUGAAGAAAGUUUCUAUGGUAACUGUGAUAGUAAAAUUAGGUUGAAAUAAGUUAUGAUGCAACAAAGUAUUUAUUUUUAAUAGAUACGUAAGAUUUUAUAUUUAUUGAUUCAAAGACUUUUAAUGUAAAUGACAGCCUUAGAGUUAGUGCCAUAGCAGGGUCUUAAUUAGGAUUGCAUUUCUAAUGUACACAAAAUCGUGUGUAAUCCUCACAAGCUGUUACUACACAAGUACAGUAUCGAUGUAAACAAUUUACAUAAAUUAAGGUAAACAACAUUUAUUUUUAUUGUCUUCUUGCAGUGACUUUAAAUUAGUGGAUUUGAAUGUAUGAAACUGUUUCAUCUAAUCCCCAUUCCAGAUUUUUUAACUGUUUUAUGGAUUGUACCAGAAAAUAAUAUAAACUUCUUUGAUUCAUUUAUAAUUUUCUCAAAUAACAAGUGCAAUCUUAAUUUUUGUUAAUUUAAGAUUGUACUGUCGAAUAUAAUCCAAAUGUAUAUUUUAAACAUAUUAUACAU